CAUCUCACAGAACCUGAGUGGGAGGCCCACACUGACUCAAAAAAGGCGCAGCAGAGGUUUUUCUUCCUUCACCAGUUGAGGUAGUUCAACCUGCCACAGGUGCUGCUGAUCCAGUUCUAGUGAUCAGUCAUUGUGUCUGUCAUCUGCAAUUCAAUAACUGUCUGGUUUGGUGCAGCUACGAAAUCGGAUAUCAGAAGACUACAAAGGAGGGACCGUUGAGAGGAUUAUUGGUUGCCCCUGCCCUCCAUUCAAGAACUGUCGAGUCUUUCCUCUAGAAUCUCGCCGCAUCUCCUCAGUCAAACAGCUGCCAGUGCGAGAUUCAGCUUCUGCACUUUCUUCACGGAUUUAUUUAAGAUUAUCUCCAAUAAUGAACUACAACGGACAAUGCCUGCUUAAAUUAUUCCUGAGUGUGCUUGGAAUUACAGCAUUGGGUAUUUACGUUAUUCAAAGUGGAAUGCUGAAUCUUACAGAAGUCAGGACUAGAUUGUUGCCAUCAGGGUAUCUCCAAAAUAUAGUCUUUACCAAACCAAGCAUUGGACCAUUUCCCAGUAAAAAUCGUUCAUCUUGUUCCUGCGAGGGAUUUAGUGUCACUGGGCUAACUGUGCCAGCGGCUGAACUGGAAGAUGUUCAGAGACGACGUUCUGAGGAGUACAGACAGUAUCAGCUCAGGAUGAAGACAAACUUGGACACUCUUAUUCUGGCCCCAUCCAACUCCCCUUUCCAAUAUCCCAUCCAGGGUGUCAAAGUGGAACCUCUUCAAAAAAGUGUGAUACCAGGUUUGGCUUUGCACACACAAACAAGAAGACUAUUUGAGGUGUCCUUGAGUGUGAAGAGUGGAGUGCUCUCAGUGGAGGGUCUUGUAGAUGGAGAGCAGGUGGAUGGACAGGGUCAGAGUAAACUGACCAUCUCAUCCAUCAGUCUCAUACAACUCAAUGAUCUGCUGAGCAGAGUGACCUACACUAGCACCAUCUACCAUGUCAAGACUAAAGAUCUAGUUCAUCUGUCAUUUGAGGACUAUGAAGCCAUAUUUCCCAUCAUUAUCAAGAGACAAUCUGUCCCUGUUCUGUAUGAUCCAGGGAAAGAUAUUAACUCACAGGUAACCAUAGCAACCAAGACCUUUCUGAGAUAUGAGGAGUUGGAUGUCCUCAUCAACAGUAUCCGGCAGUUUUACCCGAAAAUCAAAAUCAUUGUUACAGAUGACAGCCUGAUUCCAGAAAAGGUGAAUGGCAGCAACAUAGAGCACUACAUCAUGCCACCUGCACAGGGCUGGUUUGCUGGCCGGAAUCUGGCUGUAUCACAGGUGACAACUAAAUACUUCCUGUGGGUGGAUGAUGACUACAUAUUCCACAAUUAUACGCGUAUUGAAAGCUUUGUCGAGAUUAUGGAGAAAGUUCCAGAACUGGAUGUGCUUGGAGGAGCAGUUGGAAACAAUCAGUUCUUUUUCCACCUUUCGUACGAGGAGGGGGAUGAAGAGGAGGGUGGCUGUCUCCGACGUCUACAUAGAAGGAAGCUUCAAUCUAUUCCAGGCUUUAAUGGCUGCUUUUUUGUUGAUGGGGUUGUCAAUUUCUUCCUGGCACGGACAGAUGCGGUGAGAAGGGUCGGCUUUGAUCCAUUCCUGAAAAGGGUGGCUCACACAGAGUUUUUUCUCGAUGGUCUUGGAGAUUUGAUGGUUGCCACUUGUAAAGGACUUAGAGUCGGCCACCAGAAGAAAAGAAAACAAAGCAAAUACAGACAUUUUAGGUUUCCAGGAAAAAGUGAUGGAAAACACAAGAUGGCCCAUCAUUACUUCAAGAAUCAUUUGAAAUGCAUGAAGUACUAAGGUACAUUGAGGAGAGAGGAGACCAGUUUUCAGGAGACAGGAGACCAAAGUGCUGCUUUUCCCUAAAUAUUAAGAAUUUAAAAUGUGUAAGGAAAGUGAUUUAAUAUAUGCAUAUGUGUAAGUUUUAAGGCUCGAAAAUACAAAAAUAAAAAUCAAUAAACAAUAAUAAAAAAAAAUAUCUACCCAUUAUUUUUUUUAAAUGUUUUGGAAUAGAAAAAGAGUAGUUUUUCACGUUUUGUGGGAAAAGGGGAAAGGUGUGAUAUUUUCCAUUCUGAUACUAAUCAAUCAGUGUUCAAUUGGUUUUGUUACCAUCAGGAGGACAAAUAAGGGAACAAAAGAACCUUUCUCGUCAAAUGUAUUAACAUGUCUUAUUUAUCACACUCUGUAUGUCACAAAUAUUAAAAUAUUGAUUUUAAAUUAUUUUAAAUAUUACUGUUAUUUAACUGUUAUAAUGUUGUGCAAGUGGUAUUUAUUUAGCUGUAAUUUAUGCAGUAUGUUUGUAAUGUAAUGUAAUGAUUUUAAGCUUGAUAUUUGUAGUUUUAUUUUGCAGCAAGCAAUUGGAUCCAGUGCUGGUCUUUAUUAGUAAGUCUAUGCAGUCAAGCAGCUACUUUUUGAAGAACGCUGCUUUUGGGAUUGCUUCCCCAAGAGGUUAUUAUUAGGGGCCAAGCGCGGAAAGUAUGGAGACCCUAUUGUUCUUCUAAUGAUUAUUAGGGGGCCAAGCACCAAAGGUGCUGGAACCCUAUUGUAUCCAUUAGGAUUUUCUUAUUAUUAGAGGGCCAAUCAGUGAAGCUGCUGGAACCCUAUUGCAUUUGUACUGAUUUUCUUCUUUGUCUUAUUCUUUUUUUUUUACCCUAAAACUGUCUGGGCAUCAGAGACCGUAAGUCGUGGAGACACCAAACUUGGCAGGAUAGUCCCAAAUCCCCCCACUACUCAAGCACACAAAUGCACACACAUCUGGCCCUAGGUGACCUAACUUAAAUAGUUUUUGAAAUCCUACUUUUUCGAACUCAUCCUAAGCAGUUUUUUCAUUUGCGCUAAAAUGGGUAUACAUCAUCUAAAGACCCUACAGACAAAAAGUUAUCAAAAUAAUUUUUAUAAUUUCAAAAUCGUUCUGAAGAUAUAAUCAAAUAUGUUUUGGGGUGUGGCUAAUUGGCCUUGUAUCUUGUGAGUGCAAUUUUCGAACUUAGCAAAACUUAUGUAAUAAAACAAAACAACAUGUAAAAGAGAACUUUGAGGUCACUUUCAAAAUUAAUACAUUUUGCAGAGCUAUUAAAGAAGAAAUAGCUAUUUGUACAACUGUAUUUUUCGCAGUUAGAAAUAUGGAGGAAGACAGGCUGUUUUACUGUAUGUCUACCAGAUGGAGCCAUAAGACAAGAAAUGUCUUUGUGAGGAGGAGGAGGUUGGGGCUGGGCCGUGACUAUGCACGCCCACCCCCAAUCGGGCUAAUCAAGAGAGGGAUAGGUGCCUCAGAAUGUGGC